UCUCCCCGACUUCAUUGCUUUGGUGAAGUCAAGAUGAAGUUCACAAUUGUCUUUGCUGGACUUGUUGGCAUCUUUCUGACUCCUGCCCUUGCUAACUAUAAUAUCAAUGUCAAUGACAACAACAGUGGUGGAAGUGGGCAGCAGUCAGUGAGUGUCAACAAUGAACAUAACGUGGCCAAUGUUGACAAUAACAACGGAUGGGACUCGUGGAAUUCCGUCUGGGACUAUGCAUCUGGCUUUGCUGUAACCAGGCUCUUUAACAAGAAGUCAUGCAUUGUGCACAAAAUGAACAAGGCAGUCAUGCCCUCUCUUCAAGCCCUUGAUACAUUGGUCAAGGAAAAGAAGCUUCAGGGUAAAGGACUAGGGGAACCACCUUCCAAGAGCCUGAUAUACACAGUCAACCCUGACAAAGUCGACAACCUGGACCAGUUUGGAAAAUCCAUCGUUGCCAUGUGUAAGGGGAUUCCAACAUACAUGGCUGAAGAGAUUCAAGAGGCAAGCCUGAUUUUAUACACAGGAAAAUGCUUCAGUAUUGAUGUACUCUGGAUUCUGAACAUUUCCUUCUGUGGAGCAAGAGUGGAGAACUAA